AUGGAGCCACCGAACCCACCUGGUGGCCAUGGUCAUCCCUCUCGAAGUGGCCCUAAUAAACAACGACCAGGUGAUCUACUUACACCAUCCGCGACUGAAUCUUCAGGAGAAUCAGACCCUGUUAUCACGGUACUAUCUGCCAGAUAUCGCGCAGCUUGGCCCCAACUUCGCCCCAGACCAUUUGAAUGGUCGCAAACCGCACUACCGACUCCCGUCGAGAAACGUCGAGGCGAAAUCGAAUGGCAGGCCAGGAGAAUACUUCGCGAACAUCGUCUGUUUAACGAUAACGGAUACGACGAUGUGGAGCUUAUACACCAGCAGAUGGCAUCGCAGCCAUGCACAAGCGUCCCGACAAUUGCAAUCAAUGUACCCUGGUCCGAAGACAAGAAACGCCUCUGGGAAUCAGCUAUUCAAGGAAUUGCUGUGGAAUUAUACAAGAUGUAUAAAGACUCCGACUUCAAUUAUGAGGAUAUCCACAUUGAUAUGCAGUCACCAGAGCUUACCCAGACUAUUUACUAUGGCCCAGUCAAUCGCGAAAGUCUAUGCAGAACUUGGGAUACUAUCAGAGAGAUUGUCUACCAGCGCCUCGAAUCGUUUAAAGCAACGGCUGGCUGCAUGACCUCGAUAUGUCUUUUCAACUAUGGCUUGCAGGACAUCGAUAAUAACCCACCUACUAUUUACAUAGCGGUGGAUUAUAAGUCCUCUGAGAUAGGAUGGUCUCAAGUCGUGAACGACAUCAAAUCGAACAUCAGCCGGCACAAUCGAGAAUGGGCGGGUGUCAAUAUGCACAUUGAACACAACGUCGGGAUGAACUAUGGCUACGACUAUCUGGAACCGACAUCUGAUGAAAUCAAUAAUGAAGACGCAAAGAAAAACAAGUUCGUUACUGGCGAUUAUCAGCAAAUAAUAAAACCUGGAGAUGAGUUUGGAGCAGAGACAUACAUUGUUCGCAGCGAUGGGGUUAAGGAAACUGCAGGAGUCGGGACCAUCGGCUGUUUCGUUGAGAUCAAGACAAAGAACAAUCCAACUUGGACACGAUACGCCCUUACCAAUUACCACACUGUUCGCUCAGCCUUACCUGGUUUUCGCCUCGAGCUUGUUGGUGACGAAACAAAGCCUGCACCGCCAGAGCUGAACAGCGAUUGCUGGAGGGUUGAUCUGGAAGGCUAUUUUCCUACGCAUAAUGCGCAACCUGUGUCUUUUGGGAGCCCGUCUCGGACUAGGCACAACUUCACUCUCGGGUACCUCAAAAAUUCAAUUAAAGAAGACAACCAAGUGAUCGAGGACCUGAAGGUCAAGCUACAGACUGCCAAGUCUAACAGGUCUACCCAAAAAACGAUCGAAAGGCUACAGGAGAGUAUCCAGAAGGCCAGAAGCCAAGGACAACAGAAGGAUGCCUUUUUCAAUGAUGGCAAGCAUGUACUUGGUACAUUGUUUGCUGCUUCGGGGUACAAGCGCAGAGCUUCGCACGGUUCUUUCAAGAUGAGGCUUGAUUGGGCAUUGAUAAAUGUCCAUGGUAACCGUCAAGGCCCGAACAUCCUACCAUCAGGUGAAGCUUGGGAACGCAAGUAUCCUGGCAGGCACUUGGCACAGCCAACUAGGACUUUUGAUGAAUCUCUUCAGCGGCAGUCCAACCCAUUCGGCCCCGGCUUUAAUUCGCUCGUUUUCAAAGUUGGUGGGACUACAGGCCUAACGAUCGGCAAAUACCACCGGACCAAAUCGUCGUGCACAAUGGCAGAGGAUGCUCACGUUAAGCGCUUCAUGGCAAAGGACUACGAGUCAACCGAGUACGUCGUCCAGCCAGUCUUGAUGGACAGCGACGGCCAACUUAAGUUUUGCGCACACGGCGACUCGGGUUCAGUGGUUUUCGAUAGAGAUGGAGGGGUACUGGGGCUUUUCUUUAGAGGAUCGAAGCCUCGAAACUCCGCUGAUGCUGGGUAUGGACAUCAUAGCGUUCUCAAAGGGGGGUAUAACGGAGAUUCGGGUAGUUGA